UCACCACGCAUCCCACGCGUCCUCCUGAGAAGCAAAAGCAACAAAGAUGGCCUCUCUGACAAACCCACACCCAGGGUUACCCUCUUCCUCUUUCUCAUCUUCACUUGUUCACGAUUCUGCAAAUCCACACGGGAGCAAGACCCAAUCCCAACCCCAUGGCCCCACCAAUUCCACUCCAUCCUGGUCAUGAACUACAGCGGCAUCCUACAGGUGAUCGACCUCUGGUACGACUGGCCCAACGGAAGAAACUUCAACAUCAUUCAGCACCAGCUUGGUAAUGUCCUCUAUGACCUUGAAUGGAACAACGGCACUUCUUUUCUUUACACCCUUGAUUCCUCCAAAGAGUGCAGUAGUGCCCAGCUUGAGGUUGGGAUUCUACGGCCCAACUGGCUAGAUGGAGCUAAGUAUCUGGGUCAGCAGCACGUGGAUGGAUUCCUCUGCAAUGUGUGGGAGAAGGUGGACUUUAUCUGGUACUAUGAGGAUGUUAUCACCAAGAGGCCUGUUCACUGGGUCUUCUACACCGGGAGGACUGCGCAUGUGAUGACAUUUGAAGUAGGAGCAGCUCUUGAGGAUGCUAAGUGGCAAGCCCCCGUUUACUGCUUUGACAAGAACGAUUCGCUCAGCAGCAUUCCCGUGGAAACAAUGGUGGAUGGGGUUCUCAAAGGUUCUGCUGUGCUCUGAAUUUUCAUGAAGAUGUUUGUGAUAAUAAAGUUUUGGAACUCCUAUUAUGCUUUUUAUUGCUACCUAAUGGUCUGAAAGUAUCAUUCCACGCUUCUCUCUAAUUGUUUCCUCUAAAUGCAUCUUUAAGAUCCGGUUUGAGUUUCA